AUGCGUGCUGUGCAGGAAAAGAAGACAUGGGAAGACGCUCUGGAGUUCUGCAGAGAGCAGCAUACCGACCUCACCAGCCUGCUCUCUGUGACAGAGAACCAUCUGGCUGAGAAAGAGAUCCAGUCGGCAGAUUUCACCGAUCAGGUGUGGGUCGGCAUACGUUACCUUGGAGACACCUGGAUGUGGGUGAACGGAGACCCUCUGCUGUACGAGGCCUGGCAGCAGGACGGGGACCUGGACCACCAGUGUCCGAUGCUGAAACGCUGCGGGGCUUUAACCAAAAACGGAGUGUGGGAGGCCAGGGACUGCCAGGAGAAACUCAGCUUCAUUUGCGUCUGA